CGGCCAGGCGUCAUUGCAUGUUUUUCGCUGUCAACUGAUAUUUUAAACUUAUAUUCCGCGGCAUCUGUUUUUUGUGUAAUCUCAGCAAGAGCAAUUUUAAUUUAGACCAACUAAAUUAUACAAUAAUUUCAUAACAAUGUCCUAUUUCAAUGUAAAAAUGCCCGAAGUUCAAGCGAAAUUCGAUUGGGAUAACAUCGAUGUGGGUAAUAAUAGUUUGGAUAACUCGGAGAAUUUCUUUGCUGUAAGACAUUAUGAGCAUGAAAGAUUAGAAGAGAUGGUUUUGCUGCAAGAAGAAUUGGCAAAGACCGAACUAACUGAUAUAGAAGAACAAUGUGUUAUCUACAAAUUUGAAAAAUGUGAUAAUAGCACCACCAUACGCGAUGAAGAGGACACAAAAAAAGAUGAGGAAAAUGGAGAAUCUUCGCCAAAAACCAGCCAAAGCGAUAAUGGCAUCAUUAAAGAGGAGCAUUGCUCUUCCCCGGGCAAUGAACUGCAGGAAAAUCACAACAACAAUACAAGAGAAUAUCUUUUAGAUGAUGGUGAAGCGUCAUCACCCUCGAAAUUCCAUACAAAAAACAGUGAUAAUGGUACCUUAUGUGCUGUUGAAGAAGAGCAAGACACAGAAGAUAAGGAAAAUUUGAAAUCUUUGCAACACAUCCCCAAUGGUGGAGUCAAUAAAGAGGAACAAUGCACAUUGCAGGCUGAUGAAAGGCAAGAUCCUCACAAUGGCAUUAAAUCUGAGUCACAUUUGGAUGAAACAGUGCCACAUUUGAAAAUUCCCUCCAAAGUUAAGCUAGCCUGUCAGUGGUCAACACAAAAACCCUUAACCUCCAAAUGCGUAAUAGCCACUUCAUCCAAGGGUGCAGUUUCUAAAAAUAUGCCUCCUCCGCCACAAGCCUAUCUGAAGAAAGAUGAGUACCAGAGGAAACGCGAAGAGGCGGAAAAGCGACGAGCUGAAGAAGAACGUAAACUCAGAGAAUUUCAUCCAAGGCCAGUACCAAAUUUUAAUAGCUAUCAUCAGAUGUUGGAGAAACGCAAGCCUGCCCAUACAAUUACAGUCGCUGUUACCCCACAAGUGCUAAAAAAGUCCAAAGAGGCCGAAGAAAAGCGUAGGAAGAGGCUCGAAGAAUGGAAACAUAAAAGCCAAGCACCUAAAUUUGAAUCACGCCCGCCGACUGUUCUCAAGGAAAAACCAUUUAUACCCGAAAAGAAGCCAAUGGUCAUUAAGCAAUGUCCCUUCAAUUUGAGCACAGAGAAACGUCUAGCAGUACGCAAGCAUUAUGACGAGGCCAAACAUAAGGCAUUGGAGGAGAAACGAAAACAGGUAGAAAUUGAGGAAGAAGAACGUAAGAGACGGGAAGAGGAGCGCAUACGGGAAUUGCGAAAAGCUGCUACAUUCAAAGCACGACCAAAUCCCUUUAGAAACUAAGCAAGAUAUUAUUUGUUUUUUUUUUUAUACAUUUGAAAUGAAAAAACUAUAAAUUUAGGUAUUAUUAUAUACAUACAUAAAUAGGGCUGUUGACUUCUUUCAACCGCUUUAAUAUACGAUAGAAAAAAAAUAUAUAUAAUAAAUCAAUAUAAACAACAAAAAUUUUUAUCUGAAAACAAAAAAAAAAAAACAAUUCAAGAAGAAAUCUGUAAAAAAAUUGCCUACUAUUUUUAUAUGAUUUUUAGGCCUUUAAAAAAACUACUUUAAUCUGUGCUUUCUAUAAUUUGUUGUUAUUCAUAUUCGACCAAAAGCGCGCUCUUGUUUUUCUCCCCUCUGCACCCACUUCCUUACAAGCAAAUCCACACAAAAACUGGACCCCUUCUCCCUUCCUCUUCUUCUCUUUACUAAUAAUAUUAUUAUUUUUAUAUAUAUCAUUUAAUUUAUGUGUAUAACGGUUAAUUAUUUAAUGUUUUUUAUAACACUACUAUUACAAUAAAAUUAAAUUUUUUUGCCACAACAAA